CCAGCUCCGAACGAGUUGAUACCUCAACAUGGCAUUGAAGUCCAACCUUUUGGGAUGUUUCGAGUCUUCCAGAUCCGAUCACUGUCAUAUUGGAAAGAUUGUACAUGGUGCUUCAGCAAGAGAUAGUCGUCGUGGGCAGCAGCUCAGCCCGAUUAGGCUCAAUGCGGCGGAUGACUUGCUGCUCGCAGGGCUCGCUCCAUUGGAUUCCCUGGCUCAACGCCUAGGAGCAACUCUCCACGAAGAUGUUCCAGUACCUCUGGCGGCUGCAAUGGUUCUCCUCCACCAAUGUCCGGAGGAGCAAUUUUUAGCUCACUUCCGGAUGAGCCAAGGUUCGAUGCGGUAUUACUGCAGGCGCCUUUCGACAGGUCCCUUUUUGGGUGGUAUCCUCGUCCUCUGAUUCUGUCAUUUGGCCUUCCCUCCACCAUCUGUACCAUUGCUA